GUCACGGCCCUUAUCUUUUGAUCGAGCAUCGAGAGAGGACGAUUGUGAAGCACUUUUAUCGUCACAAGAUAACAGUAAGAUUUGUUUCGAAAAGAUCCUGAUUUCAUCUGUGUUGCACUGCAUAUGUCAUUUCUUGUCAUCAGUUGAAUACCCAAAAGGUUGCUAGCAGCCCUGUACGCAUCUAGAAACAUAUAAAGUACCGUUUCUCUCUGUCUUGAUAUUUGACUCGUGUUCAUGAACAUCAGACUCCAUUAAACACAUCUUGGACACUGUUAAACUACAAGAUUAUUUUAUAGAUGGAUUUUAAACGCAAGCUGUCCCUGCUGGUGAAGGCGCCAGAGCUGAACCCCAAAACCAGAAAGGCAUACUCCAUUCCGAUUCUGAACCCUAUCAACAUCUAUGGUAGAGCGUUCCAUUUAUCGUGGCUAGGUUUCUUCGUUUCCUUCUUGUCAUGGUUUGCCUUUCCUCCCCUUCUGGCCCAUUCCAUCAAGAAAGACUUGAACAUGACCUCUGCAGACGUUGCCAACAAUAACAUUGCUGGUCUUUGUGCAACUAUGCUGGGUCGUGUCAUCCUGGGUCCAGUGUGUGAUAGAAUUGGACCUCGUUACGCCAUGGCUUUGGUGCUCCUUGUUGGGAGUGUUCCUACUGCUUUUGUUCCCCUUGUCAACAAUAUCGCUGGCUUGCACGCAAUCCGUUUCUUUGUGGGUUUGCUGGGCUCAAGUUUUAUACCGUGUCAAGUGUGGACAACAGUUUUCUUCGAUAAGACCAUCGUUGGUACGGCAAACGCCUUCGCAGGAGGGUUUGGAAAUUCUGGUGGUGGUGUUGCAUUCUUCAUGAUGCCUGCAAUUUUGAAUGAUUUGCUCAAAGAUGGUUAUUCCCAACGUAAAAGCUGGAGUUAUGCCUUCGUCAUUGGUCCAUUCGUCAUUUUGAUCUUUGUUUCAUGCUUGAUUCUUCUCUUUGGACAGGAUUGCCCUGAAGGUAAGUGGUCACAGAGAGGAGACGUGUUGGAUAUUGGUGUUGAUGUACGUUCCGUUGACGUUGUCUCCAUCAAUGCUCACCAUCCUGUGCUCAGUCACAUCAGCGGCGCUGCUCCACCAGUGAACCGCAGGCUUUCUGAGGAUAAAAUAGGAGCCAUCGAUGAAAGAACUUCAGACAAUUCAAUCUCUGAUAACGCUGUUGAUGUUGUGAAAACCCGUGUUAGUGAUGUUGUUGACCUUGAACAGAUUGUUGAAAACCCAACCUGGAAGUCCUUCUUGAUGGUCAGUUUCCACUACCGUACAAUGCUUGUUGCACUCCCAUACAUCGUUACCUUUGGUGGAGAGCUGGCCAUCGAAUCCGUAUUAUCUGCACUGUAUAUGCAAAGAGCCAAAAUUGAUGGACUCAAUUGGAACCAGAGUAAAUCUGGUUCUUGGGCUUCAAUGAUAGGUCUUCUUAACGUCGUGACAAGACCACUGGGUGGUAUUAUCUCCGAUUAUCUAUACAAGACUUUUAAAAGCACAAGAGCAAAGAAGUUCUGGUUGUUAUUCUGUGCUUGUAUGCAGGGAAUAUUCUUGAUUUGGAUUGGAUUUGUUCCAAGCUCGAAACUAUCUCUCCAUGGACUGAUUGCAUCCAUCAGUGUUAUGUGUGUGUUUAUGGAGGCUGGUAACGGUGCGUGCUUCUCGCUUGUCCCACAUAUCAACCCUAAAAACGUCGGUAUUGUAUCAGGUAUCACCGGUGCCUUUGGUAAUAUAGGUGGUAUCUUCUUUUCAUUGGUGUUUAGAUUCUCACUCUACUCAAACGGAACCAAUGAUUACAUGAGAGGGUUCUGGAUUAUCGGAAUCUGUUGUGUGGCAAUUGCGGUUGUGUGUUCUUUCCUUCCUGUCAGUGAAGAUAGAUAUGUCGCUCAGGAAACCGUGAACGACCAUGAAAAGGCUCUCGCUUAGGAAAGCAAUUACAGUGUU